AUGGCUGGGAAACAAGAACAAGAGCUUCGAGGUUCCAUCUCCUAUUCCAUCAAGCAUAACCAACUCGCCACAGAAAUCAGGGCCCAUUAACAAGACCCAGCGCAGCGUAGCGGCAUCCAUCUCCUCCGGUGCCGAGGGCUCCGAUGUGCAGAUAUUCUACCAGGAGCUCAACACAACGGCCAUCUCGUACCGACGCAUCGUCAACGACAAGGCCAAGGCGGAGCAGAAAGCAAGCCUGAGUAUCGAACCCGCCUGGGGCACGCCCAUGGCCGCCGCGGCGAUCAACGGAUCCAACCCUCUCAGGACGCAGCUGUUCUACCUAUCCGUUGACAGCGACAACAGGACCAACAUUGCCGAGGCCAUGUUCGAGUGCCAGGACUCCGAGUCAUUCUCCACCGUGUCAAAUACCGUGAUAUCUGGCAGUGUCGACCGACUCGUCCACCCAGAAACCAAGCUCUCCGCUCUUCGGCUGGGGGAUGACCUCCUCCGGGUCUUCUACCAGCAGACAGACAGCAGCAUACAAGCCCUCCGUUGGGACGAUAAGUCGGGAUGGUAUGGCAACAAAGUCAGGCAGAACGCGCACCCGGGGACGGCCAUCGCCGUCGCGGCCGCCGAGCGAAAGGCCGUCCAUAUAUUCUACGUCGGCCUGACCAGCAUGACGCUGCGGGUAUCCAUCUACGACGACCAGCUCGGUCCCAAGGGGUUUAGGUAGGUUCCCAGAAUUACUUUCUCGGCGUUCCUUUUCCUUCAGAACCAAGCAGAGAACUAACAGGCGUGCAUCCAGUGCUGAGGUCGGCGGCACCCCCAGCUCCGACUGGCGACCGACGAAUAGUCUGACAGGCAUCCACGUGGCCGGUGAUGGAUCCUUCAGAUGCUAUUGGUCUCAGCCCAAUAACGGUGAUAUUUACACGUAUUGGCGCGACGAUUCGAGAUGGAUCGGCACUCACGAGGCUCGCUGGGGCCGUGUUGAGGGUGGCUUUGCCGGAGUUGGCUGGUCUGACCAGGCUCGCCUGUACUAUUUUCAGGAUGGUGAGUUGGUCGUCAGUGCACAGGAUGAUAAGACCUGGCAGAAGCCUGCGGUAG